UGAGAUGCUCUUUGGUGAUGGUUGUCUUUGGAUUCUACCUGCAACAAGAAAAGCGUCCGUUUACGUUUACUGCUGAAGAUAAUUUUAGCACCUUUAUUUAUACUUCUGAACAUAUCUGAUUUUAACUGUAAGCAUGCGUAAACGAAAGUCACUCAAAAAAGCUGAUGAUGACUCCGAUGGAUCAGAGCAAGGCGGGGAACCCGAAGAAUUUCAAGAUUCUGGUGAAGAUUGGACACCGGAUGCGGAUUCGAAUGAACAAUCUACCCGUGGUGGGCGCAAAAGAACUUCACGGGCUGCAGUGAAUAAUUCAAAAAAGAAACGCAAAAAUUCUACAUCAGAAGAAAGCGAAGGGGAAGGUGAAGAAGAUGAGGAAGCGGAAGAUGAAGAAGGUGAUUUAGAUGAGGAAGAGGGUUCAGAUGAAGAAAAGAAUGGAUCCGAUGGAAAUAAAUCUGACUCAAGCCAAUCAAAAGAUGUACCAAAGCACUUUCAUUCUGGAAAUUUUGUCUUGCUGAAAUCUGAUGUUAAAUGGGACGGUGACACAGUAGUUUCAAAACUUGAUGAAUUAAAUUUGUGGAAAAUUGAUGGAAAAGCAUUAUUACAAAAGUUUAUACCUAUGGAAUCAAAUGGAAAAAUUCUUCACAAAUGCACAUGUGUGUACUCUGGAUGGAAUGUUGACAACCGUGAAAAUUAUUAUCCAAUCACAGAAAUCUUGGACCGCAAUCCUAGAACUGAUUCAAAAGAAAUAUGUGUAGCAUUGAAUCUUGAUGAUCUAAUUACAGUAAGAGACAAGUAAA